GCGUGGCAGGGCUGUGUCACCAGAGGAAGCAAUGAAUCUCGACCCAUCUCGCUGCCUUCCACAGGCAGACAAAACUCUGCCCAACCUUCACAAACAGCUCCACGCGGGGUUCUUGAACCAGAAGUCGCUCUGAUUCGCUACAAAAUGGUUCGUUCCAGCCCGGCACGUCACUCCCUAAUUUGCCAAAGCCAAACGGUUGGUUUCACCCAGCUGCUACCAGUGUAUGGUUCAUUCCAGGCACACCUCAUCUAAAUGAGGAUGGUUUGCCCCAUCUUUAGAGAACUUUAUACCCAUAUAGGACCGCAUCAGGGGAAAGAGGACAGUAACAUAUAAUAUCAGCUUGUUAUCCUGGCCUCUCAUUCCACCGCUCCCAGGUCGCGCAGAGCGGGCAGGCCGAGCCGAUGGAGCGCUGCGCCUGCGUGGAGAGAGAGCUGGACAAAGUGCUGCAGAAGUUCCUGUGUUACGGCCAGCAUUGCGAGCGGGGCCUGGAGGAGCUGCUGGUUUACGUCAGCCAGUUGAGGGAGGAGCUGGGCCCUGCAGCCUUACAACGGACACCACUGUCUGCCACACUCUCCCUGGUGAUGUCCCAGUGCUGUAAGAAGAUCAAGGAUACUGUUCAGAACCUAGCUUCAGAUCACAAAGACAUUCACAGCAGCAUUUCUCGGGUGGGCAAAGCAAUUGACAGGAAUUUUGAUGCAGAUUUAUGUGGCAUUGUUCCUGCAAUGGUCUGGGAAUCUCAAGAGAAGCAGAUCCUGGUGCUGGCCAUUAUAGAACACCUUUACCAACAAGGGAUGCUUGGAGUUGCUGAGGAGCUGUGUCAGGAAUCCACCAUGAAUGUGGAUGUAGAUUUCAAAAAGCCAUUUCUUGAACUUAACAGUAUUCUAGAAGCUCUGCACAAACAGAACCUGGAGCCAGCCCUAAGUUGGGCAAUCUUUCACAGACAGCAGCUGGCAGAACUGAACAGCUCUCUAGAGUUCCGGCUCCAUCGGCUCCACUUCAUCAGGCUUCUUGCUGGUGGCCCAGGCAAGGAGCUAGAGGCACUGAGCUAUGCACGCCACUUCCAGCCUUUUGCUCACCUACACCAGCAAGAGAUUCAGGUGAUGAUGGGCAGUCUGGUAUAUCUACGCCUGGGCCUAAAGAACUCUCCAUACAGGCAUCUGCUAGAUGAUAGCCACUGGACAGAGAUUUGUGAAACUUUCACUCGUGAUGCCUGUGCCCUGUUGGGCCUUUCAGUGGAGUCUCCCCUGAGUGUCAGCUUUGCCGCAGGAUGUGUAGCACUGCCGGUUCUGAUGAAUAUCAAGGCUGUGAUUGAGCAGAGACAAUGCACAGGUGUCUGGAGCCAUAAAGAUGAGCUGCCUAUUGAGAUUGAGCUGGGAAUGAAGUGCUGGUACCAUUCGGUUUUUGCAUGCCCUAUCUUGCGCCAGCAGACGACAGAUUCUAACCCACCCAUUAAGCUCAUUUGUGGACAUGUCAUCUCUCGAGAUGCUCUGAACAAACUCAUCAAUGGAGGGAAGUUGAAAUGUCCAUAUUGCCCCAUGGAGCAAAACCCAGCCGAUGGGAAACGCCUAAUCUUUUGAAAAUGACAUGCCUAGGCAGUGCUGUGCUGUUGGGGAAAUGGACUGUGGGAAUAAGCACCUUUUGGAACAGGGCUUGAUGUGGAAGUAUAAUGUGCCUGCAAGAGUUUGCAUUGGCCUGCUGCACUAACUGCUGUAGCCCUAAAAGCUGCUGCUUGCUCAGUGAGGCAGAACAGCAGCUUCCCAGGUCAGAGGAGAAUUGUUUCUUAGAGGUGCUGUAAGCUACAACAUGUGAUUGCAUACACAUGGUACCAUUUUUUUCUCUGCCUAGGCUUCUUCAUGAGGGGCAUAGCGGAGCAGCUGGCAGCUUCCUACCACAAUAUUUUGCCCUCUCCCCAUGCACCGAUCUAGUCUUGUUGGGGUUAGGGUUGCACGAUAAUAUAUGCUGCUUCUGCUACUUCAUACUACCUUGAAAAUAAACCUCUGCCUCCUAUUUUGAGCAACUUGAUGGAGAAAAGCAUGUGUUUGAAAAGGGAAAGUAUUUUUAAAAACUGAGCCCUACACUCACUUAAGUUAGAAAAGAUACCUUUGAAAUGUAGUGCUGAUCUUUUAAGGAAAAUUUUAAAGUUGAUGGGAGAAGAGAAAAAACAGCAGACACACAGCACUAACAAAGGUGAUCUCUGAAUCUUCUGAAGGGGUGGAAACUGGCCCAAAGUGCAGCCUUUCAGAAUAGAGGUAAAGUGUAUGUCAUUACUGAAUACCUCCUACUACCAAACUCCUUGCACUUAGAUAACUAUCUCAUCAGAAAAACUGUAUGGAAGGGUAUCAUACCUGCUGAUAUUUAGAAGCCAGUUUGUAUCUUUCAGUAAAUAUAGAAACUACGAAGUUGUGGUCCCCAUUGGUAUCAAGUGGAAGAACUAGAACUAUUUUAUACAGGAUUUAAGAAAUCUGGUGUAGCCAUCACUAGAAUACUUAGUUUGAUGGAUAUAGGAAAGAUAAAAUGCAAUUCUUUGCUCCUCACCGUGAGUUGAAUUCAACAGUUGAAUUCCAAGUAAUGCUGUGACUUAAUACACAUUUGAAGCAAUGAUAGUAAAAAAGGCUCUGUAAUAUGAGUUAGUAAGGAUUUUUAAAGCCCUCUUAAAUUUAACAAAAUGCUAAAUACCAAUAGCACAUCAUUAUACAGAACUCCCUUGAAGCAAUGGGGAAAAUGCUGACACUACCAGCAAAAAGCAAAACAGUAGAUGCCUUCAUCCCUCAGCUUGCUAGGGAAAAUGCUACAUGUGGUAGUUUUGUGAUGUGGGACUCCAGAACUGGGCCUGACUAGCUGGGGAAAAUGCUGAGAAGGGUAUAGGAUAGUGCAUAUAUAAACACUUUAGAAAAGAUCCUGCAGACAGGAGCCAAGCUAUUCAACUUAAAGGCAGCCAUGACUGUGUGAACCAGUUCCUAUAAACUGUGCAUCAGAAAAACUGUUAUGCUUUCAAAUAAUCUCCCGAAAGUAGCUGUAGGGUAGAAGUCACUACAGGCCUUGAGAAGGACAUAUUCAGCAAGUAUUGUAUGGUUUUUCUGACAUCUCAGUUGUGGCCUGUUGAUUUUACAAAGGGGUUUUACCCACUGCAUGUAAUCUUAAGGGUUUUUUUUCCCCUUCCACUUUCUGCUUGAGGCACUAUGAACUGCCACAACCAGAGAAGGAUGGCAAAGAAACAAUCUAAAUAAACUUCUUUUCAGAUGA